UGCCUGGACUGUAGCAGCGCUAUGUGAUACAGCUAACACGGCAGUGGAUGGUCAUAGAGUUUGACGGUCAUAGAGUUUGACACGAGUUUUCAUAUCGUGUUCAAAUAUAUAUGGUAGAUGACUUAAUAUCGGCUUUGAGGCGAAAGUCGUUAAGAUGCGGAAACUUGGGCAGGAAAUUAUUAUGAGGUUCUUUUGAGACGAACCCUGUAAAACGUGUAACUUCCUUGAACGUUCGCGCUGGAACAAUGUUAAGCGGAUUUGGUGGUGAACGUCAUGGAUGAGUCUCAACUGAAACUUCAAGCUUGACGUUAACAAGUCCACUCCACCCCCAGACUUCUCAUCUCUCCACCUGCCUCUCUUGACUUCAUCCCUCUGCUCUUGAUCUUUCCGUUCAUCAUGGGAGACUCUGGUUCCACCAGCUCCAUGCGUCUAAAGCAGGAGAUCUCCCUCCUGCAUGGUGUCUGCCUCAUUGUGGGCAACAUGAUCGGAUCGGGCAUCUUUGUAUCACCCAUAGGUGUCCUUCAACACACAGGCUCUUAUGGUCUAUCGCUAGUGAUUUGGGCUGUUGGAGGGAUCUUCUCUGUGUUCGGUGCCUUGUGCUACGCUGAGCUGGGCACCACCAUCCGCAAGUCGGGAGCCAGUUACGCAUACAUCCUGGAGUCCUUUGGAGGCUUCCUGGCGUUUAUCCGUCUGUGGACGUCGCUGAUGAUCGUGGAACCGGCCUGCCAGGCGGUCAUUGCUCUUACGUUUUCCAAUUAUUUAGUUAAACCGUUCUUUCCCACCUGCCCGGCACCGUAUGAAGCUGUACGGAUCAUUGCAGCUGUUAUUAUAGGUCUUCUGACGUUUGUGAACUGUAUGAAGGUGAAGUGGGGGGCCAUUCUUCAGGUCAUCUCUACUGUGGCUAAAGUCCUGGCUCUCAUAGUCAUCAUCAUCGCUGGAAUGAUAGUUCUGGCUGAAGGGAAGACGAGCAACUUUCAGGAUUCAUUUGAGAACUCAAAGCUGAAUGCGGGAGACAUGGCUCUGGCUCUCUACGCAGCUCUCUAUUCAUAUUCUGGCUGGGACACCCUGAACUUCAUCACAGAGGAGAUUAAAAACCCAGAGAGGAACCUGCCAUUGUCAAUAGCCAUCUCCAUGCCCAUUGUCACAGUAAUCUACAUCCUGACUAACAUCGCCUACUAUGCUGUUCUGGAUAAAACAUCACUACUGAACAGUGAAGCCGUGGCUGUGACGUUUGCCGAUCAUGUGUUGAGUUAUGCAAGCUGGCUCAUCCCACUGUCUGUGGCUAUCUCUUGUUAUGGAGGUCUAAAUUCUUCUAUCAUAGCCGCUUCCAGAUUAUUCUUCGUGGGAUCACGUGAGGGUCAUUUACCCAACGUCCUUUGCAUGAUCCACGUAAAGCGCUACACACCGAUCCCAGCCCUGCUCUUUAAUGGCGGCAUGUCCCUCAUAUUCCUGUGUGUAAAAGAUGUCUUCCAGCUGAUUAAUUACUUUAGUUUCAAUUACUGGCUGUUCAUCGGCCUUUCCAUUGGCAGUCUGAUCUACCUGCGUAUUAAAGCACCUGAGUUGCCCCGUCCUGUUAAGUUGAGUCUGUUCUUCCCUAUAGUGUACUGCAUUUGCACCGUGUUUCUGGUGGUGGUGCCGCUCUACAGUGACACCAUAAACUCUUUGGUGGGGAUCUUCGUAGCCCUCUCUGGGGCUCCGGUGUACUUCAUAUGCGUGCACCUCCCACCCAGCUCCAGACCCGCCUUUCUGGGACAGAUGCUUGAUAUGAUCUCAUUAAACACACAGAAGCUGUGUUUUUGCUGUAUUGCUGAACCCGGUUUGGACCUUGACAAUCCGCCUGAAGUGGACAAAAAGGACUAAACACAGACUCCAAAGGAAGUUAAACCAAGGAAGCCGGCUCAUCCAGACUUCUUGAAUAAGCCAAAACUCAAGCCAGAACCUCAUGUUUGUGUCAAUUUGAGCGUGCAAGGAACCGAAAUGGAUAUGUAGGACGAUCGUUCAACUGAACACAAACACACCCUGUGCCUCUAAUGCCUCAGGUCUCUGUGUCCUGUCUGCUGUGGGUCACACACCUGCAAAGCAUGAUAUCAGUCCAGUGGACCAAAGCUAGAUUAAUAUGAUUCAAACCGUUCAGUCAGAUGUAGAUUAAGGCGAUUGUGAAAGUGAUUGUAAUUUAGUGCUUUCUUACGACCACCGCAGAUGUUUGGAUAUGUUCUCCUUUGCUGAUGAUAAUGGAGUUCCCUUUCUGUCGGUCUCUCGACGUUGUGUCGAACCGACAGAUGGGGUUCGUCCCUGAGAACCAAUCGUUUCCGACUGCUUAGA